GCAGCGCCCGCCCUCCCCGCUGCAGACGGACGUCGAGGCGGCGAUGAGGCUCCCGCUGGCUUUCGCCGUGCUCCUCCUGGCCUCGUCGCAGGCGCUGGGCGAGGAGAUGGGAACCACCGACGACCUCAGCUACUGGUCCGACUGGUCCGACAGCGACCAGGGGAAGGAGGAGCUGCCGCUGCCCCUGGAACACUUCCUGCAGAGGAUGGCCCGGAGACCCCGGCCCCAGCAGUUCUUCGGCCUCAUGGGCAAGCGGGAUGCCGGAUAUGGCCAGAUCUCUCACAAAAGGCAUAAAACAGACUCCUUUGUUGGACUUAUGGGAAAAAGGUCUUUAAAUUCUGGGCUGCACUGAGAAAAUCCCUCACUGUGAACCAUAAAGAAGCAGUUGAUUCUCCAGAAUAAGAAUUUUUUAAAAAUAAAAAACUUAGUAUGUAUUUCAUGUCUCUGAAAUAGUUUUCACUGUUUUGUUAAAUGGAUGAUAAAAGUUAAAUUACUAGCUGACACCUUUAUAUUAUGUGGAUACAUGCUGUGAUCUAUAUUCUGCAAUUAUGGUUGUCAGUAACUUUCAUUUUCAAUUAAACCCCCUUCAAGACUAGUAAUAUUGCACUCUGCAUUCUUUUGCAAAUUGCUAUGUAUCAUGAAUAAUUUUGUACAAUUUUCUGCAGUGGCAAUAGCUAUUAAAUGCAUAAUACCUGUAAAUAUAUCUGCUAUCACAAAAGUAAAUAGCCUGUAAGUAAUAAAUUUGGUUUGGUUUCCACUAGGAUUACAUUUACAUUCAUAUGAGAAUGUAAAAUACAGAAAAUGUUUUAAAAAUGCAAAUAUUUUAUUGCCCUAAUUUCAAAAUUGCUGGUAUAGUCAGGAUAGUGUUAUGUGAUAUUUCUAGCAAAAGGGAAUAAUGGUAUUUUACUCUGUUGGGCUAUGUAACACCUGUCUGACAGGUAAAACUAGAAUUCACAAACAGUUUUUCUGCCUGAUUCCUUGAGGGGGAAAUGGUAAGAAGCUGUUUUUGCUCCACUAGAGGAGAAGAUAGGUCCUAAGGACUGUGUAAUCAAAGCAAGAUCAGGACUAGUAAGUGUUAGGACUACCCUCACUUCUCCCUUUUGGAAGAUAUUUAACUGGGCAGGACCUUUACCCCAGGCUGUGGUUUUCUCCUAUAAAAAGGCCCUGGGCUCCCUGGUAAUGGGCAGGAGUUGAUGCCGUCCCUCUGGAUGUGAGCAUGUUGCUGAUUUACAGCUCGAGUGCCAAAGCACGGUAAGGGGAUGCUGAUGUCUCAGUCCCUGGUUUGGGGACAGCUUUGCUCAAGAAGAGCUCUCUGGAUUUCACUCUUGUUUUAAAGGAGCAAGGAGAGAUCUACCACUACUAAACAAAAAAUAUAUUGUUACUUAAGACUGUUGUAGCCUGGAGCUUGUCAGCGUGGUCUGAGUACAUCUGAGGAGCUUGGCUCCUGCUGUAGAGUACAGUAAAAUUAUUCCUGUGUGCUGGGCUUGUGGACAGGGAGAGUUUCAAAGAGCUGGCAAAGAGCUGACUGCACAGGAAUGAAGGUGGAUGUGCCUGUGCAGAAACCCUCUACCACAAAUUGACCUGAAUGCUUAUGUUCCAUCAGUUAAAUGAAUUUCUGGGAGGUAAAGGGGCUCUGAGUUAAUGGUGCUUCAAGCAGCUCAGCAGACUAGAGGUAAAACACUGCUCAGACCUUCAGCCUUCUGGAGGAGAGUGUAAUCUGAGAGGUAAAACCAAAUCAAAGCAGCUCAGGAAUGGGCCAGGAGCCCUGGUCUCUGUUCCAAACACUCCACCGGCAUCUGGUGGUGCCAGCUGGCUGCAGGUCUCUGACACCUCUUGUGCUUGCUGGUGUUCAUGCAAGGCUGUACCUCGUGCUUCAA